AUGAAAAACAAAAUUAAGAAAAGGCACUUCUAUGUGCCAUUCUUCCUCAUCUGCCAAAUCGUCUUGGUCCAUUGUGCGUUUGAUCCUCCCCAGUCGCUGCAAAAGAAAACAGGGAUUGCUAUUGUUGCUGGCGAUGCGGCCAAAGACAGCAGGUUCUUUUGCAACAGGCAACAGGCUGCAGUGAUUGAAAACGCUAUCAAAUGGAUGAAUCGGUAUUCUGAGUCUGCCUACAGUUUCCUCCUCGACGAUGACUCGAGGACAUCUGCGGCGUUCAUUGGGUGGCUUGGCGAUCGCAACAUCGAGAGGUCUACAUCAAUUCGAACGGAGAUUCUCCAUCCUAUCUAUAGGUUGAGCUCUCAGACGAGGCCCUACGCAUCAGCUCUUGCUGAGCUUGAAGACACAGUCGUGAUCGGGUGUGGGACGCCCGAAAUUGCGAGCCCGUGCCGCGAGCCUGAAACCAUAGCUUUUGCGCGUUCCCGAAGCUCUACUGUCGUCGUUUGUCCCGUCGCCUUCAGCAACAACGGCUAUUUCGGGACCGAUGCGGCGGAGCAGGCUACCAUGUCGGCAUGGAGGACCAGACGGACGUACAGCCCAUCCGCCGGCCUGUCGUUGCUGCAUGAAAUGACGCACUUGAAAGAUGUGGUCGGAGGCUUUGGCGAUUGGCCACCGAAGUACGGUCGCUCUGUUGAUGUUACCUAUGCGCCGUCAAAGUGCAUUGCUCUCUCCAGUAGUAAGAAGAUCGCCAACGCUCAAAAUUACAUGCUUUUUGCACUAGAGGUCAAGGCGAACCUGGAAAACGCAAGCAAGAAGGUCGCUGCCGGGGUGCCAAACAAAUGGCAAGAUGCUACACGUUUGUUGAGGGCAGGAGUGGGCGGUCGAGCGGAAGCUCCAUAA